UCAGAGCAUCAAGUACAACGCCGCAGAAUAAACUUGAAAAAGGUUUCAAGUUUUACGUUUCGUCCUACCUCUGCAAUUUUGAAGAUGACAUUGCGUGAUUCAAAUCCAGUUGUGCUGAUCAACAGCAACUGCUCCUGUGUGGCUGGUUGUGGGAUCUGCAACCACUUAGUUGCAUUGCUUUUCCAGACAGCCCAUUAUUCUGAAUGUGGCAUGUCCGUCGUCCCUCCUGUCCUGUCGUGCACAGAGACAGAGCAGAAAUGGCACAAACCCAGAACAAUGGGGGUGAAGCCUGGACCUGUGGAUGCAAUGGUUGUCCUAAAGCCCAAACCAGGUGCUACUACAGCCAGUGGAAUAAGAUCAACACUUUACAAGGCCUACAGUGGUGUGCUUCCACACCCAGCUACCCUCAAUCCUGGACCUGCUUAUGCUGGAAUGGAAGCAGAAUCUCUCCCACUCAUUUGCACAAUGAAUAUCUCAGCUGACAAGCCACUUGUGGACUCCAUCUUUGGGAAGGUGCAAGCUGGCAGCAUACUGUCCUAUCAACAACCACCACCUCCAUCCGACAGUGUUGUCAUACAUGGGGAUGCACCCCCAUUCCCGAGUGUGCCACUAGAGGGCUACCAUCUAAGCCCAACUGAUUGUUCAUUUGUGCCAACACACCAAGAACAGCUACAUCUGAACUCGCUGUCUGUGACUUUGUCACAGUCACACCUCAUUGAGGAGGCAACAAGAUGCCAAAGUGCUUCACCUGAGUGGCAUUCACUUAGGAGAGAGAGAGUGACUGCCUCACAUUUCAGGGAGGUGCGCUACGUUAGAGGUCCAGGAACUGCAGAAAGCCUGGCAGAAAGAAUCAUACGAGGAACACGACAAACUGCACAAAUGAAGAGGGGAUUGGAAAUGGAAACGGGGGCUUUGAAGGAUUAUGCCAUUCUGAAAAACUUGAACUUAACAAAGUGUGGGCUGGUGGUCCACCCAGAGGCCCCAUGGCUGGGUGCAUCGCCAGGUGGGCUUGUAUAUGACCCUUUGGAACGCCCAUCAUUUGGGCUUGUGGAAAUUAAAUGUCCCAAUGUCCAAAGCCAUAUUGACUGCAAAUUUCUGAAGCGCAUUUACAGAGAUACCGAUGUAUUAGAAGACCUGAAAAAGAAGUGUGACAUGUUUUUCUUUUACACUUACAUGCCAAAGUACCUGUCCAUGCACAAGUAA